CUCGGCGCUCGGCCGGGCAGCCUGCGUAGAGCGCGUCCGGCUCUCCGAGGCUCCGGCGCUGCCACCAUCAUGUCCACCGCCAUGAACUUCGGGACCAAGAGCUUCCAGCCGCGGCCCCCCGACAAGGGCAGCUUCCCGCUGGACCACUUCGGUGAGUGCACGCGCUUCAAGGAGAAGUUCCUCAAGUGUCUCCGUGAAAAUAACUUCGAGAACGGCUUGUGCAGAUACGAGUCAAAAGAAUACUUGGAAUGCAGAAUGGAGAGGCAACUGAUGGCACAGGAGCCCCUGGAAAAACUGGGGUUCGGAGACUUGGCGGAUGGAAAAGCCGACAGGCGCUAAGUUUCUGAGGGAGGACCGCUGGCUGGUUGUCUGGGGCAGAGUGGUGGCCCUCACCUGUCACCCUGACGUGGCUUCCGAGGUGGCGUGACUGAGACAGGGGUGUCCGGGCGCCCUUGAAGCGCUGUGACGGGGCUCGGCCGCAGCUGGGAGGGGCUCAUCUUCGGAGCCUCCCAGGUCCCUUGGGAACUUUUCUUCCUAUUAGACUCUCCUCUCCCCCAAGAGUGUCCAGCUCUGUCUUUAAAGGCCUGCGUGAUGGGGAUCCUGGGGCAGCCUGUGUGGGCUGAGGGGUCUCACCAGUGUGGCCCCUCCCUGGGCCCCCCCCCCGGGGUGGGGGCUCCAUCUCAUGGCACCAACAGUGAGAAUGCAGCCAUGCUGCAUGUGGGUGAAUUUCAGAAAACCGUCCCUAGCAAAGUGGUUUCUUUCCUUUCCUUUUUUUUUUAAACAGAAAUGAAAAAGCAGAAUCUAGGAGUAUCAAUAGUAUGUUAGAAAGAGACAUGAAAAGCUGCAGGCGUACCUGUGUAUUUGUUCAAGAAAGAAACUCAGGAAGGACAGGCC